AGAUGCUGUGUAAUUUUAUCCACGCUGCACUCUGGGAGUUCACACGAGACUGAUACCUUUUGCCUCCUCUGCUCUGUAUCAAUUGGUCGCAGAUCAGGCUAUUGUUGCAGGAAGCUGCUUUUAUUUCUAUGCUCCGUCGGUCAACUAUUUUCCCCACAGUCUCCUUCCGAAAUUCAGCGGCUCCCUCCCUCCUUCCCUCCCUCCCUCCUUCCUUGCCUCUCUGUCUCUCACGCAUGCCGUCUGUCUAUCUGGAAACCCAAGGAGGAGGCUGAUCACGGCAGCUCCGUGUAACACAAACAGCUGGGACUCUUCGGUGGCCUUUGCCGAUGUCUAUUGAUUUAAGUAAAUCUGAGACAGAUAAAAGGGCCAGAUCGAGGCUGAUAAAAUCUUGCCAAUGCUGCACGGCUCGAAGCAGUGUGCGCUCGGCAUCUCCGGAGUGCUGCUAGCAAGACGGCUUUAAUGGGACCCCUGGUGCCACUCGCUGCGAGCCUCGCUCUCCCCAGCAGACUAAGCGCUGCGGCCAUCAUGCCACAAUGGUUAUAAUUUGGAUCUUGUUCCUGACUCUGUUGCAGGAGCCCUGGUCGCCAGGGCGGGCCGCGGCCGUGCCCGAGGCCGCCGGAGCCGCCCCGAGCGCCCCCCGGCCGCGCCGGGAUGCGGGGGGACGCGGCGGCGUCUACGAGCACCUCGGGGGAGCUCCCCGGCGCAGGAAGCUCUACUGUGCCACCAAGUACCACCUCCAGAUCCACCCCAGCGGCAGGAUCAACGGCACCCUGGAGAAGAACAGCGCCUUCAGCAUUCUGGAAAUAACUGCUGUGGACGUUGGAAUCGUUGCCAUCAAGGGCCUGUUCUCUGGCAGAUACCUGGCCAUGAACAAGAGGGGCAGGCUUUAUGCAUCAGAGAACUACAACUCUGAGUGUGAGUUCGUGGAGAGGAUUCACGAGCUGGGUUACAACACCUACGCCUCCCGUCUGUACCGGACUGUCCCCAGCAGGGCCGGCACCAAGCGCAAAGCCAGCGCUGAGAGACUCUGGUACGUCUCAAUCAAUGGCAAGGGACGACCCAGGAGGGGCUUUAAGACCCGCAGGACACAGAAAUCCUCUCUCUUUCUGCCCAGAGUGUUGGAUAACAAAGACCAUGAAAUGGUCCGGCUGUUCCACACGAACGUGAAAUACCGGGAGAGUCUCCUGAAGGCCCCGAGCAAGAACCAGCGCAGAAGGAGAGGACACUGACGGGGUGGGGGGAGCUCGUGUUGGGGAUGGGAGGGACUGAGAGCCUUCAAGAUGCUACUAAAAAAACUAACAGCUGUGAUUGUACGAGAGGCAUUAACACGGACAGGUUUUAUACGCUGUGUACUAGAACCCAAAACCACAUCGCUUGCUUUUAGCUGUUGUAGGACUGUUCCCUGUGGGGAAAGAGAUGAGAGAUAAGCUGAGG